AUGGUACUAAGCCCAGCCUUGGAACAGACCGGGGACCAGGAAGGCGGCCCGGGACACGUGCUCCCCACCGGACGCGUGCUCUCACGUGCCUCCAGCAUCCGGGCACCUGAGCAGCCAACGGCCCCCGGAUUCCGGACCGUUGGGGUGAAAGCAGCUGUGGGUGACAUGAUCUCCUCCAAGGUGGCGCCCGGAGAGGAAGCGCGGGAGCCGCCGUCGGAAGGCAGGGCGGAGGCGGCGCUGGCCGCGGAGCCCGGCCAUCGGUGGCUCGCGGGGCCGUCGGAGCGCCUGCCGCCGCUGGGCCGGGAGGCGCCUCCGCCGCGCCGCUGCCACACCGACUGCCUGGAGGCGCCGCUGUCGCGCUGCUUCCUGCGCCUCGGCGGCGCGGUGGGCAUGCACCCCUGGCUGUUCCUGCUCGGGCCGGUGCUGCUGACGGCCGCGCUGGGCACCGGCCUCAUCUUCCUGCCGAAGGGGAAGGAGAACCUGGAGGAGCAGUACACGCCGAUCGGCAGCCCCGCCAAGGCCGAGCGGCGCUUCGUGCAGGGCCACUUCAGCACCAACGACACCUUCCGCUUCUCCGCCUCCAGGACCAGCUCCGAAGCCAACUUCGCGUCCAUCUUGGUGGUGUCCCUCACAGACUCCCUGCUGGAGCAGGAGGUGUUCGCGGAGGUGACCAAGCUGGACGAAGCGGUGCAGGCGCUGACGGUGGACCAGGGGAACGGAACGCAGAUCCUGUACCAGGACGUGUGCGCCCGGUACAGGGUGCUGUGCGUGCCGCCCAACCCCCUGCUGUACAGCUGGCAGCUCGACACGUCGCUGGACCUGCGGGGCAUCACCUUCCCCAUGUACAACUUGUCCGACCAGCUCAUCUACCUGGCGGGCUUCUUUGGCGGAAACGUCCUGGGCCAGCCGGAGGGAAGGAGCAGGCGACUCGUGGCGUCCCGAGCAAUGAGGCUGCUGUACUACCUCAAGACCGAGGACCCCACGGACAGCGAGCGCAGCAAGGCGUGGCUGACCCACUUUCUUGACCACUUCAACGACGUGAAGAGCCGCUUGGCUCUGGAAGAAAUAGAGGUGGUCUACUUUACAUCCCUCUCCAGACAGUUGGAAUUUGAAGCAACCUCCAAGACUGUCAUUCCUCUGUUCCAUUUGGCAUAUGUUUUAAUCAUACUUUUUGCAGUUGUAUCAUGCUACAGAUUGGACUGUGUAAGAAACAAAAUGUGGGUUGCAGUCUUCGGAGUGUUUUCUGUUGCCAUGUCAGUGGUGAGUGGCUUUGGCCUGAUGCUGCACAUCGGGGUCCCAUUUGUGAUCAUAGUUGCAAAUUCACCAUUUCUUAUUCUUGGUGUUGGGGUUGAUGACAUGUUUAUCAUGAUCUCUGCCUGGCAGAAGACCAGCAUCGGGGAGAGCAUAAAAGAGCGACUCUCCAGUUCAUACUCAAAGGUGGCAGUGUCCAUUACAAUCACCACCAUCACCAACGUCCUUGCUUUCUACACGGGAAUCACCAGCUCUUUUAGAUCUGUACAAUACUUUUGCAUUUAUACAGGAACAACUGUGCUCCUUUGUUAUUUUUAUAGUAUCACCUGUUUUGGAGCAAUUAUGGCUCUGGAUGGUAAAAGAGAAGUUGCAUGCUUCCGCUGGCUGGAAAAGCCAGACCAAAAAUUUUCCUCAUUUAAAAAGUCCUGCUGUCUCCCAUUUGGUUCAUUCCCAGGUGAACAUGGAGAAGAUAAACACCCAAUGAAUUUGUUCUUUAGAGACUAUUUUGGUCCUUUUCUCACAACUACCAAAGCCAAGUUUACUGUAGUGCUGGUAUACAUUUUCUACAUCAUAAGCAGUAUAUAUGGGUGCUUCCAAGUUCAGGAAGGGUUAGAUCUUCGGAACCUGGCGAGUGAUGAUUCUUAUAUCACACCUUAUUUUAACAUCGAGGAAGAUUAUUUUUCAGAUUUUGGUCCAAGGGUUAUGGUUAUUGUUACUGAAAGUGUUAACUAUUGGGAUGAUAAUGUAAGGAAGAAACUGGACAAAUGUAUGAUAAAGUUUGAAGAAAAUGAGUAUGUAGAUAAAAAUCUCACAGAGUUUUGGUUGGAAGCAUAUAUUAAAUAUAUGAAUAACAUUGGAAAUGAUCUUAAUAACAAAAAUACCUUUAUGAAUAGUAUCUCAGGCUUUUUAACAAAUUUCCCCAUUUUUACACAUGAUAUUAAUAUUUCCUCAUCAAAUGAAAUAAUUUCUUCCCGGGGCUUCAUCCAGACUGUAGAGGUUUCAUCCUCAAGCAAUAAGAAAAGAAUGUUAUUACAGCUAAGAGGCAUAGCUGAAGACUGUGAAGUUCCCCUAAUGGUGUAUAACCAGGCAUUUAUAUAUUUUGAUCAGUAUGCUGCAAUAAUAGAAAACACUGUUCGAAAUGUCAUGAUUGCUUCAACAGCUAUGUUUAUUGUUUCUUUAUUGCUAAUUCCUCAUCCAGUGUGUUCCUUGUGGGUUACUUUUGCUAUUACAUCUGUGAUUGUGGGAGUAACAGGUUUCAUGGCAUUCUGGAAUGUUAAUCUUGACUCCAUAUCCAUGAUUAAUCUUGUCAUUUGUAUAGGGUUUUCUUUUGAUUUUUCUGCACACAUAUCCUAUGCAUUUGUUUCCAGUUCUGAACCCUCAGUAAACAAAAAGUCAAUUGAGGCAUUAUAUAUGCUAGGCUAUCCAGUGUUGCAAAGUGCAAUUUCAACAAUAAUAGGGGUGUGUGUUUUAUCUGUAGCUAAAGCUUACAUCUUCAGGACAUUUUUUAAGAUUAUGUUUCUUGUUAUGUUUUUUGGGGCUGCUCAUGGCCUAAUUUUUAUUCCAGUAUUUUUAACCUUUUUUUGA